AACAAAAUCAGUCAGCGGAUGAAAUCUGUCCAGCAGAAGAAAGGGUCUAAAAGGAAGACACUCCCUUCCACAAAUGCCACGGGCUCAAGCUUCCACACAAUGCUCCUUUUCAACAUUAGCAUUCCAGAAAGUGACUCUACGGCAAUAACGUUUUAUGAGGAAACUGUAUUUUCGGAAGAACACAGAAAACGGCUUUUUCUGAAGUAGGUCAAUAUGGUGGUGUAACACAGCUGGAACAGACUGUUACAUGAAAGCUACUCGGUGGAUAAAAUUGAACUUGACAUCAUCAUGGAGACAAAUCACUGUGGUUUCCACAUCUUUCUCUGCAUUUCUCUGAUCUUGACACACUGGGACACAAGUUCAGCUUGCCAUACAGGCUCUCAGGUAGAAUGUGAGAAAGCCCCAUUUGUGCCUGGUUACAACCUGGCGGGCGAAGGCUUUGAUGUUGUCAGGAUGCGCCGUAAAGGGGCAUUUUUGAUCAAUGUCAAGUCACACAUGGACAACGGCACUUGUACGGUCUGCAAGAACCGCUUUCAGGGUGGGCAGAUGCAGAAACUUCCCUCAGCCAUGCUAGACUGGCGUCCCUUCAGCCGCUGCAGCAAACAGCUUUCUACCGCUCUUCAUCAUUCUGUUGACUCCCUUAUGAAGAGUUCAACAUCACUCAUCAACAACAACUGGGAAAUGGACCUUAGCCUUGAUGACAUCGGAAAGGUGAUUUUGGGAGGGAGCCGCUCAGACAUAGCUAAAUUUGCCCAUUCUCAGAAUGCAAUGGAUAAGGCAACAUUUGCCCUCCAUGAGAUCAGUUGCACAUAUUACAGUUACAGAGUUACAGAUCACCCAGAGAUCAGCAUCGAAUUUGCAAACCAUCUCCAGCGACUUCCGGCACAGUAUGAUGACAAAACAAAAACCCUGUACCGAAGGACUAUAGAUACGUACGGCACUCAUUACAUACGUCAAGUCCAUCUGGGAGGCCGAGUGAGACGGGUCACGGCUUUUCGAACUUGUCUUGCAACCCUGAAGGGCUUCUCUGAGACGGAUAUCAAGAACUGUCUGAAUAUUGAGUUAAAGAUGAAUUUGGGCUUCCUGCCAGCUAAUGCCUCCCUCUCCAACAAAUGCUCUCAAAUCCUUAAAGAUAACAUGAGCAUGGGAUUCUACCAGGGCUUCAUGACACACAAGAUAGAGGUGCUGGGAGGUGAGAAAUACUUUCCAGACCUUGAUUUAAACCAAAGCCCAACUGAAGCGUACUUAAACUGGAUGAAGAGCUUACAUGACAACCCUGAUGUUAUAUCAUAUGCAAUUUUCCCUCUCCAUCAUCUGGUGGCUGAUCCAGAGGUUAGUACUAAUCUGAAAAGUGCAGUAACAGAGUAUAUUGAAGAGAACUUGCUUUCUGUAGAUCACAAGGUGAAUCAAGGAUGUUCUCAGACACCAAAUCUGGACAACAACUGCUGCCCUAUGCGAGCCAGCCGUGGCAGGUUGGCAGUGUUGGUGCAGAGAGCCGCAGGCCUGAAAGCAGAUCUCUUCACACGCACUGACGGUUACGUGAAAGUUUGGUACAACCAUAUGUAUGAGGAGACUGAAGUGGUUAUGGACAACAAUGAUCCUGAAUGGAACAUCAGCUAUGAUUUUGGAUCAAUUGAGUUUGGUCAUGAACUCAUAUUUGAGGUGUGGGACAGUGAUGUCUUUUAUAAUGACAUGGCGGGGAGAUGUGUGGUCAGACCUGAACGUGGGACUCACUCACACAGCUGUAAAUUAAAGCGUGGCAUCCUUUAUUUCACCUACUAUGCUUCUUGUGAUGCUCACCUGACUGGACCCAGGUGUAGCAGAUAUUCACCAAAAACAUAAGAUCUUUUAUUUGUAUAAAACAAACUAUAAUUAUAAAGAAUAUUUCUGCAUAUUCAUUUUUAGUUAAAGAUGAGACGUUACACAGAUCACAUGUAUAGAAAAAUUAAGGACAAAUAAAAAAUAAUCACAUUUUCAUUAUUAUUUUUGUUAUAUAUUUCCAACAUUUAUAGUGUUCAAAUGUAAUGACACUUUUUGAUGUUUCUUUUUUCUAAGACUUUUAGAAGAUGUUACUGCAACUCAGAAGACAGAAAAUAAUUUUGCUUUCGGUGGUCUGAUUCCUAUGCAUGUUUUUUGUAAUUUAACACAAAGUGAAAUAUGAGGUCUUUUCAUUUUCUAUAACAGAUCAUUCAAUUAAACAUGACUGCCUAUUGGUUCAAUGAAGACCGUAUACAAUGA